AUGCUCCGCAACUCCAUCCACCAAGAGGUCGACCAUGGGCAUAGCCUAUUCGUCCUUUGGAGUCAUAAGUUUCAGGUUUUUAUAGUCUAUAUAAACCUUGAGAGCUCUGGUUUUCUUCAAUACUGGCACGAUGUUGGCCAACCACUCAAUGUACCGAGCGGUACGGAUAAACCAACUUUGAGAAGCCGUUCAAUUUCUUGCUUGACUUGCAGUGGUACCUCAGCAAAGAACCGCCGUGGUGGUUAUUGGAAAGGUUAG